AUGGGGCUUAGGUUUCUGUGUAAAAAGUUUUUUUCUUUCUUUGUUUCUACUAUUGUCGAAGGCGCUUUUUCAUCUAUGUGGCUUCACAAAAUCGAGUCGAAUAUUCGGAAGCUCGUUUUUUUCUCAAUUAAUUUGCAAUUUUCUUAUCGAAAUGUACACAAAUCUCAUAAAUUUAGUAAAGAAGAGAUUUGCAUGGUGAGGGUUGCUUUGAAUUUCGUGAAUAUGCUCAAUGCGUCAGACAAUAUGCUAGAGAGCUCUUUUGUUGUUGUGUCGUUGACAACAUCAUAA